UACAAUUUAUUUAAAAAGAACUGCGCAUUUUUGACUACCCAUAUGUGUGCAGCAAACCGCGUCAAGCGUAGAGACGCAGCAUAAAAGUAUAUAAUAUUUCAUAAUUCAUUUCGUCUGGAGUUUUCGGCUAGCUGUCAAGAGUGAUGCGGUUCCUUGUAUUUAGUUUGGCAUUUUGUGCCAUUUUUACCUACUGUUUGGCAAAUCGUCCAAAACACGAUGUUUCUGAAGACAACUACUUAGAACUUGUCCGAGAGAUUGAAGACGAGAUUGCGAAGGAAAAUGAGCUGAAGCAUGAAGCAAGAGAGAAAGACAAUUUAGAACAAGCGAGAGAGGAAAAUGGUCAGGAAAAAGCAAUAGUUGGAAACUACGAUGAACCACCAUACACUGAUAAGGAAAUAAGCUAUCUACAACUUGCUAGAGAAGUUUCCGAUCAAUACAUGGAGGAGAUUCGGAGAGAGAAUGAAGAAUCAGAAAAUGUUGGUGCAAGAACAGCAAGCGAUUCUUUACGCGCUUUCAGUCACCCAAGCCGAAGAACACAGAUGCUUGCAGAAGAAAAUGAAAGACAGGAUGCUGAACUAGAGACUUUGCAGAUGCUAGCUUCGGGUGAAAAUUUGCGUAUGCGGAACUUGCCAGACCUGACAGCUAAAACCGUUCAAGAUGAUCCUACAUGUAAUACAAAGCUUGAUUGUGAGGGUAAAAAUUUGAACCUGGUUGACGGAAAAGAGUUUCGGACAAUUACUGGCACAUGCAAUAACAAACUUAACUAUACCUGGGGCAUGGCUGGAGCUCAGCAUCGCAGGCUGUUGCCAAAUGCCUACAAUGAUGGAAAAUGGAAAAUUCGAAAAUUAAGUGUCACCAGUCGACCACGUAAGAAGGUAUUUUUACCUUCGGCACGUAAAAUCAGCAACGUGGUUCAUAAAACAACAAAGCCGAAACCUGAAAACGAGGACUCUAUUUCCCUUGGUUUGUUCUACUUCAUGCAGUUUAUUGAUCACGACCUGGCCAAAACAGCUGAAGGUCAUGUUCGCAAAAAGAAGAUAUGUUGCAAAACCCCGACAAAGGCAACAAAGUUUUGUUUGCCAAUAGUAGUUGAGGAAAGUGACGAUCAAUUUGACAAGGAUGAUUGCAUGGAAAGCCGCCGUAGCUUCGUUGUAUACCGUUGUAACGACAAUGUCCGCAACCAGAUCAAUGAAAUAACAUCGUAUUUGGAUGCCAGUAUGGUUUAUGGGUCCAGCGAAGAGGAAGAGGAUACUCUCAGAACCAAAAAAGCUGGGCUUCUUAAAAUGAGUACAGAAGAUUUUUUGCCAAUCUCCGAACGGGCUACUUCUCUUCCGUGCAACGCCACAGACGUAAGCACAUGCUAUGAAGCAGGUGACACAAGGGCAAAUGUACACCCAGGACUCCUCACAUAUCAUACGGUUUUUGCACGUGAGCAUAAUCGUAUUGCCAAAGAACUUCGGAAAGUCAACAGUGGAUGGAGUGACGAGAGACUCUAUCAGGAAACGAGAAAGAUUGUAGGAGGAGAGAUACAGCACAUUGUUUACACACAUAUGUUACCAGUGCUUAUUCAGGACUCUGUGCUGGACCAGCAUGGAGUAACAAAAGAGUACGACUAUAAAGAUUCAGUCGAUGCAUCAAUGACAGCAGCAUUUUCGAUGGUUUAUAGGUACCAUAAUUUGAUGCCACACAAGCUUAAUCUUGGAAGAUUGAAAGGAGAUGGUGUUGAGACAUUUGAGCAAUUCAACCAAGAAUCUGUGUUUCAAAAGCCUUCUUUUGUAACCCGUGAUAAUUACGACGGUAUCAACGAGGUCACUCUUGGUAUGAUCCAAAGCCAAUGUCCAUAUGUCAAUAGGUUUAUGAACGCUGCUGCUCGCGAUUUGCUGUUCUUGGAUAAAAAUGGCAAUUCAUUCGAUCUUGUGGCAUUGAACAUAAUGCGCGGAAGAGACUGGGGAACGCCGAGCUACACAGCAUACCGUGCUUUAUGUGGUCUUGGUAUUGCUACCACUUGGAACGACCUUACAAAUACUACCGAUCAAGAGGAUAUUGAUAAGAUGAAAGAAGUUUACGCAGACGUGCAGGAUGUUGACCUAUGGACGGGUGUUAUGACAGAAAAAAAGCUAGCUGGAUCCAUCUCUGGAGCAACCCAAUCUUGCUUAUUGGCCAUGCACUUUGCAAAUAUCAAACACGGUGACAGGUUUUGGUAUGAAGGAAGUUUCUCUGAAGAUCAAUUAGAAGAAAUAAAGAAGAUUACUCUGGCAAGAGUUCUUUGUGACACUCUGGAGGAUAUUACUUUGAUGAGAGAGAAUGUCUUUCGCACGAACUCAGAUUGGAAAAGGUGUUCCGAUAUUGAAGGGAAAAUUGACUUUAGUAAAUGGCAGGAAUAGUAUCGAUAUCAAAAUAUCAAGUAUUGAUGCACAAGAAAAAAACUCAAAAACCAACGUUUCCCAUAGUGACAUUCAUUUUCAUCGUCAAAGAAGAUAUAUAUUUACCAGAUGAGAUCAAAUCUGAAUUUUGAAUAAUAGAUAUAUUCAGUACAGUAUCAUUCUAAAGUUAAACAUUAAAUGAGCCGCAUCAUGAGAAGACCAACAUUGUGCGUUUGCGACCAGCAUGGAUCCAGGAUCCGUGCUGUUUGCUUUCAAUGCCCUUUACAAUUAUAGAAAUCGUAAGCGAACAGCGUGGAUCCUGACCAGACUGCGCGGAUGCGCAGGCUGGUCUGGACACAUGCUGGUCGAAAAUGCACUAUGUUGGUUUUUCUCAUGGUGCGGCUCAAAUGAUGGUCUAAUGAAACCUUUUAUCGUGUUAUGUUUGGAUUAACCAUUAAUCUCUUAUUCUUAAUUAUGUAUCAUAUCUUGUCAAAGACAGUUAAAAAAUGACAACUAAUCUUUAAACUGAAACAAUAAUAAUUUCUUUUUAAUAUUUGACUUUAUUAAUAUUUAUGCCCAUAUGUGAAUAUAUAUUUCAUACAUAUUGCUUUCGUAUUAGUAUACUACGCAUACAAAUAUAAUGUGACAAACAUGAGGAAGACUUAACCCUUCCUACAUUUAUCAGGGAUGACACGCAGAAAGUAUAAAACAAACAGAGUCUUUGAAAUCCAACUAGUUUAGCACAUGCGUGAGGGUUGUUGCACAUAUAUUAAAUAUUAUAUGACUUUUUAUUUUUUUAUAUUAUAUUAUUCCAGAUUUAUAUAGCACUCUUUUCAUUGCAGACACGUAAGAAGAGAGAGAAUUUCAAAGUAGUUUAGCACGUGCACGAGAGUUGUUGCACAUAUAUGACUUUUUUAUAUUAAUAUAUUAUUCUAGAUUUAUAUAGCACUCUUUUCAUUGUAGACAUGUAAGAGAGAGAGCGAGAGAGAGAGAGAGAGAGAGAGAGAGAUGCAUGUUCGGUUAACUUAGCCUGGCUUGCUUUAAAAUAAACCAGCUUGGUUCUUUGACGUUCCUGGUGUGUAGCAAAGGUACAUGCAAAGCCCUUUUCCGUGGGAAGAACCAGUACUGGCCUCUAAAUUGGAUGGGAGACCCUCAGAUUAGUUUCAAACCUUGGACCUCUGGACUGACAGAAAAGUGUAUUACCACUAGACCAACGGACCAUAUUUUCUUACCUUUCAUAAAUAGACUCAUCCCCAACCGAGUCCGUUACUAUUUUUCAUUCUAGAUUUGGGGGAUAGCUUUGGGUGACUGUGUUCUGUGCCUUCAAAUGAUCUUCUUAAAGAUAACAUUUCCUGUUUAAAGAAUUCGUUUAAGUGCUUAGUUAUGAACUGAACUUAUAUUGCACUGUGUAUUAUGUAUAAUCAGGAUAUCUUUCUUGCUAAUUUUGACAAUGUUAAUAAAGACCUUUCAUAUCCUC